AUGUUGUCUGCAAAACUUGUGCUUGCCAUAGCAGUUUGGUUGUCUGUGUUCAACCUUGGUUGUAGAGGUGAUGGUUCUGAUGAUGUGAUACCUUCACCUCCUUUUUGUUUGAACUGCACAAUAUGCGAAUAUCCAUGUCAUCCUCUUCCCCCACCAUCUCCACAACUUCCUGGUUACCCUUCAUAUGAAGCUCCACCACCACCUCCACCGCUGGAGCUAGCACCGCCACCCCCGCCAAAGCAUGGUUCUCAAGUCAGGUGUCCCCCAACUUCUGCUACUCCUUGUUGCCAGUACGGGCAAUAUCCCCCUCAAAACACCUAUGAUGGAUAUGUGCCUAAUGACAAUCUAUCGGCUUCAUCUCCUUUGUCUGUCUUAGUCUUGGUUAUGGGUGGUUACGGUUUCUCUUGA